AAUUUUAUGAUAUGCGGUAAGAAGAAAAUGGCUGCCAAAGCGUAGUGAGAAUUGGAAGGCUCUCUCGGAUAUAUGUUAACGCUUAAGAGGCCCCUAACCCCAAGAAAUACAAAGCUGUAUAUACAGUGUAUGGCAGUGUACAGUUUAGAAGGAUACAAAGUAGCUCUAAAGUAACCACUCCCACGUGAUUGAAGGCACCCCCUGCCUAUCCUGACAGGAAGGAAGGGAGGGUAACCUCCUCCUCCUCUAAUAGCUAAUGGAUAAAUCUGGUCCCAAGGACAAUGGGUGGUCCAAGUUUGAGGAGUACGCCAAGCAAAGAGAAGUUGUGGGAGGGACAAGCGGUCUACCUGGAUCCCGUAAUCCUCUCUCUCCUACUGCUGGCAGACUUCACAAAGAAGAUAUGGCCAUUUAUGGUAGAGAACCUGCUACUGAUAAAAUGAUACUUGUAGUCUGUGAAUUGUGUAGGCGUGUUGUUAAAAGCCAGGCUCUUUUAAAGCAUAGAGAGCUGUAUCAUUCUAAUGCUAUAAAGAGCCCACCUCCUCCUCGUAGACCACCUGAUCAUGUACCAGGAGGAAUGGGGCCCAUACAAACUAUUGGACAAUCGACCUCGCUAGGACCUACUACUGUAGGAUCAUCAAAGAAAAGCAAAGAAUGUGAUCUGGAUAGACACUGUGGUGUUUGGAUUGAGUCUGAUAAGAGAUUAUGUAGGAAAUCUAUCACUUGCAAGAUUCAUUCGUUAGAACUGAGACAGAAAGUAAGAGGAAGGUCGAAACCUUUUGCUGAUUUACUCCACGAGUACAAGAGGCAAAAGAAGAUUAAAAAGAUGCAGAAACGUCCAGGAGGAGUUCUCCCCUCUAGCGCUCUCCUCCCUCCUCCUCUCCCUCCCUCUCCCGCCCCCUCUUCAAUAGUACCCUCUUCACCUGUUGGUUCAUCCACCUCUCCUGUUCUCCAUCCUCCUCCUCCUCCUCUAUCAACUGGAGCACCAGCCAGUCCUCUCUCUUCAUCAUUGUUAGUCUAUUUGGAUGAGUCUGAUACUGAGGAGUAUGGUAUUGCUACUGAUGUCCCUCAGAGGCAGCAGUUACUAUCAUCCUCUGAUCCUCCUCCUCCUGGUCCUCCUCCUAGUGUACUCUCUGAAGCACAACUCUAUCCAAAGCCAGGAGCUACAAACAAGUUUGGUUCUCGUUUCCUGAGUCAAGGUUGUCUUUCAUUUUCUCGCCGAGCCGAUCCUCUUCGCUACUCAUUAAUUGCUCUCUCAGAGCAAGAAAAAGAGUUCAUUCACACUCCUGAUUCAACAAUACUUAGGCAAUGUAAUCAUUUAAGUCAACAGAGACAUGUCGUUAAGAAAUAUUUGCACAUCGGAAGACAAAAUCAUGUAAUAUCAUCGUAUACCAGGCGACUUGAUCAACCAUCACCAUCCACCACAACUUCCUCCUCUUCCAUCUCUCUCUCAACCGGGAUCACUACUGACCACACCUCUACUAUUAGCACACCCACACUGGAUAAGUGGAACCAAUUCUCUCAUUCCUCGAGUUUAAACGAGAUUGGUACCAGCACGGGGCAUGCCCUCACGCACCAACCCACACUGAACAGGAAGAGAAGUCGUGCUAGUUCGUCUGUGAUUAGCAGUGGAAGAGGGACACUCUCAACAGCUAAUAGUGUAAAUACUAUCAAUAAUAUUGAAUUAGGACACUCGUUUGAUGAUAAUGGUGACAAUGAUGAUGAUGUGGAGAGAGUAAAGAGACCUAAUUUAUCAAGAGUGAAGAGAGAAGAGGAUAAAAUAUCGCCGAGUAAAUUAAUCGAGCAACAGCAAUAUCUAAUGAAAAUGGGUUUUACUCCUCCUCCAACAAUGAAUGGUAUAGCCAGUUCACCAGUACAGCCAUUCCCGGUGAUUGCUGGAGCUCAUUCACCAUCAACUUCUUCAGGAGCAACUUUUGUUAUCAACCCUUCGCAUAACAUUCUACCCAGAUCAAUGCUACCCAUUAGUGGUUUUGGUGUGCCUAGCCCAUCAACACAGUCUGCAUUCUCUCCAGUAGUGGGAGGAGAGAGAGGACUGGCUCAUUUCCCUUCAACAACUGAGCCUCAUCAGCAGUUACUAGGAGGGCCUGGAGGCGGAGGAGGACAGCAGCAGCGUCAUCAGUUGUGGGUGAAUAGCCAGCACCAACAGAUGAUGAAUUAUGAAUCCAAUUCAUACCAUCACCAUCCACCCCACUCACACUCUCCCCACUCUCUCCUCUCUCACCAUCCUGCCUCUGAUAGUCUCUCUAAUAACAACACUAACGAUCAUUUAAUAGAUUAUCAAUCACCUUCAUUGCCUCACAUGAACAAGUUUAGCCUUCCACCUCCCGCUGGUGUACCUCCGUCACAGCAACAGUCGCAGGGAUUGGCACACCAGCUAGUUCCUGGGUCUCUUCCGCCGCCUCUUAAUCCUGUGGGAGGAGUUGGUAUUAAUUCUACGUCUCCUCCUCGACUUCAUCGUCUUGCUCCCUCUGGAGGAUCCGGGGGAGGCGGGGGAGGCUCGCAGAAUCACCAUUCUUAUCAUCAGUCGGGAUUGGUAGCGUCUCAGAAUGUAACACAAAGAACACAACAGGUGUCAUAAUGCACUCUUUCUCAUGCUCUCUCUCUUCUCUCACACAUACCUCCUCUCUCCCUUUCCCUCUUUAACUACAUAUUAUUAUGGGUUACACGUUAAAUUACAAUCAUUUUCUUCUGUCUCUUAUGUUUUCUUCUCUUCAUAUUCAAGAUCCCUCUUUGACUAUGAUAUUAUUGUUAUUAUUAUUAUUAUUAUUAUAUAUUAUAUGAUACAUGUUUUCUGCAUCUUGCUGGUUCCUAGCUGGCUAGCACACGAGAAUACUAUCACCUUUCUCUCUUUUUUUAGAAUAUUUUCUAUUUCUAAGCAAUACACGUGUCUAAUUUUGUCUCUCAAUCUUUCUCUCUCUUUCUCUUUCACUAGCUCAUUGUCUUUAUUUAUUGUAUACUUUUAUGACAAAAACACUUUAUUUGAUAUGAAAA